GUUCUUUUACUGACCCCAUCUUCGUCAAGCUGAUUGCUUCAAGAUGGGUACCAAUGGAACAGAAGACAAGCUCCCCAUUUUCUUCGUGGAGAACCCUGACGGGACCAUCGAUGGCGUGGCAGGCUCAGACUCCAUUGCGCCGCCGCCCGCCAACCCGCGGCUCUGGUGCCACCACUGCAACACGCAGCUGGAAUUUGCCGCCGGAGCAUCCUACGUGCAGUGCUACCUUUGCAGGACAAUGAACGCUGUGCACACCGGAAGCCAACUGGGUGGCCGUACAAUGAAUAUGCUGUGCACCGUUUGUGGGACCUCCAACUUAGCGCCGUGGGGCACCGCGUACGUUCGGUGUGGCCAGUGCAACACGGUUUCCGAUGUGACACACAUCUAUACCGGCCCGAACCGAUGACUGCAGCCGAAGUGCUGCCAGUGAGCCUAGCUGGGUUUCGUUCAACAGCAC